AUGCAACGACGAUUGUUGACGUGUACUUUUCUUUCUGCAGCCACCUCUCUUGUUUGUGUGCAGAAUCGUUGGUACUAUGACAAGAUUCGUCAGGAGCGUGACGGGAGUGAUAACGGCCCUGCAGCGUUAUUUCACGAAUUCCCAAAAAGUCCGUCGCCAAAUCGUGUGCCGGAGGAGCUUCAUACGUUAAACACUGAGGCCGUGAAUGCUGCUGAGGGCUUGCACCGUUGGUUUUUGUUGGCAACUGUCGGGAUCAUAUCGGCCAUCUGCUUUAGCGGAUUCUUGGACCCUUUUCGUGAGGGCUAUCGCCGGCCAGAGGGUUACGGCAUGUAUGGUGGUGAGAAUCAUGGGACAGAGUGA